UUAAUUGAUCUGCACAGUGUAACAGGCUAAGUCGAUGGAUCUAGAUAUAAUACAUAUAUAUAAUGUACUCAUCAGGAAUGGCUAAGUUACAAAAAAACUUUAAAUGUAUACAUUUUGUUGGAAUUAAACUAAGACAGUAAAAAGAUGUAAAGUUAAUGUAUUCGAGGAGAAAGAUUCAUGUUAUAUAAUGCGGAUAUAAACCAUUUGAAUCACUAGUUGCGACAUCCACAAAGAAACAAUUUAAGCAAGUGCCAAAUAUGGCAACAGCACAGCCAUCACAAAACCGGGUUCAUCUUUUUCGCCUUCAAACUCUUAUCAUAGAUGGAGGCACUGCAGUCGUAAGGAAUAUAAUUGACCAGAAGAGCUCAAAUGUUCCGUUUAAUGUGUUUCUAAGUCAGGAGAAGACCUCAGUAAACACUCUGAGGGCCAGGAAAAUAAUAACGAUGGCACAGUACAAGUUGCUGUAUCCACAAGGUGGUAAUCGUCCUCCUGCUAUCUCUGACAUUGACUUAACUCUUGCGACAUGCCUGCUGAGGAGCCUGAAAAGUUUCGGGCUAAACACUAAAUAUAACUGGAGUGCAACACCACAGCAAACUGACUCUUCCCUUGAGGCAGAUUUAUGCCGACUUAGAAAUACACGAAAUGAGAUAGCGCAUAUAGCGUGCACUACAGGAAUAACCCAGGCAACAUUUCAGAACAAAUGGAAUGCAGUCGAACAGGUACUUCUCAGACUCAAUGCCUCUGUUCCGAAUCCAAUUCAUAAUCUUCAACAAAAGCUUGACGAGUAUAAAAACAACCCUUUAGAUCCAGAGGCUGAAGAAAAACUAAAAGAAGAAAUAGAGAAGUUGCAACUAAUGGAGAAAAACCUAGAAAUGGAAGUGCAGAUUGUAAAGAAAGAGAUUGAAUAUGUUAAGGGAAAUGUUGAAGAAGUUAAGGGAAAUGUUGAAGAAGUUAAAGGAAAUGUUGAAGAAGUUAAGGACAGUAUUGAAGUACUUAAGGGAGAUAUUGCAGCUGCACAUAAAAAAAUCAAAGAAGAAUCGAAAAGGCAAAGGAAAACAGAUGAAUCAGACGGUGUAGCAAAGGAUCAGCCGAGCAUAUUUCAAACAUUAUACACGAAGAUACGUAUGCCCCGAAUAAAGAAAGACCUGAGAGAAGAUUUGAUAGUUCUCUACAGACAGCAGAACCAUACCUUGCCUCUAUCACCUUUGAUAGAAGAACAAGACACGCCUCUACUUAAGUUUUAUGUCAUGCCAGACAUAAAUUCAGUGGAAAUCCAGCGUUCGUUUGGAGGUGGCAACGAAAUCAAGUCAGAUGUCAUCUCUUUGCGUGAUGUGUUCUACAAGAAAAACAAAAAGUGUCGUGAAAUUUACCUUACUGCAGAUGCUGGGAUCGGGAAAACUGCAUUUAGUAAGCGACUUGUUUUGACGUGGUGCCAAGCCAAAAAGCAUAUCAAAAGUGAACAAAAAUACUUUAAAGAGGAAGAUAUUCAAGCAAUGUCAGAGUUCACAUUUGUGUUCUUGUUGUCAUUACGCGAUUGUUCUGAGGAAUGCGACAUUGAUGAGAUGAUCGUGAAACAAUUAAUUCCACGGCUGGCACACACUUCUGUAACUGUAAGCAACAUAGAAACUAUUCUUUCUAAGGAAACAUGCUUAGUAAUUCUGGACGGUUUAGACGAGUGGAUACACACAACGUCUGCCUGUAAGAAAGGACAUAGUGACAUUCCACACAGGAAAGCUAGGGAAUGCACAAUCCUCACAACAACUAGACCGUGGAAGUUGAGUGUUAUCAGUCUCAGUUCAAGUCAAAUAGAGCAAAGGCUGGAACUUGUAGGACUUAACAAAACGUCUGCUAAAGAGUUAAAGGAAAAUGUGAUCUCACGUCUGAGUGGCGAAACAGACAAAGAAAAACACAUUCAGGACUUCAAUUCCGCUGUAGAACAUAAAGGUAUUUCAGAUUUGGAAACUGUUCCGCUCCUACUGAUGUAUCUUUUGUGUUUAUGGUGCGAUGGAAUAGAUCUAGGAAGAUCUAAAUGUAAGCUAUACUGUCAAAUAGUUGAACUGCUCCUGAAACGAACGUUUAAAAAAUAUCCAGUCAUGCAACAGGCGAGCGAACCUCACCAAAAUGAUAUCCCACAAUGCUUCAGUAAACAUGUACAUUGUAAGAAAUACUAUACACUUCUAAAAGCUUUAGGACAAUUGGCAUUUGAAACAUUAUUCAGUGAUAAACGUGAAAUCACGCUGGUGUUUAGUGAGUCAACGGCUAAACGGUAUUUAAAGACAGAUUAUUUGAAAUUGUGUCUUCUCUCAGGAAUAUUAACACAAAGUAAACAAGAAAGGUUAACCAAACAAAGUUUUAAAGUUUCGUUUUCCCACAAAACAAUGCAGGAAUAUUUCUGUGCACUGUACAUUAGCUGCCAAAAUGAAAAUGAUCUCAAACAAUUCGUGUUACAAAGAUUCAACGGUGUACAAAAUAUUCUUGAUAUGUCGAAAGUGUUUGUUUUUAUAAGCGGAAUGAAUGCAGAAAUCAUGUCUUCAAUAUCACGCGAGUUGAUGUCUGUAAUCAGCAAAGAUCAAAUAACGCGAAGAUAUAGAUCCAUGACAGAUUACGAUAAUAGGUACGUUGAUCCUCUGAAAGACAUACAAAACAUGUACAUUUCAUGUCUGAAAGAAAACACGGGCAGUACUUCUCUUUGUCUCCAGGAUUUCAUCAUUGACGAGGAUUCUCAACAAGAAAAUCACUUUUCAUAUUUAGAACGGUUGGCAAAACACAAUAAAAUCAAUUUCGCGUCAAUAUAUAUCAGAACAGGUGUUCCUAGUUUACGUGAAGUGACUGACGGGUUCAGCCUCAAUGACGUCGUCAACAUCAAGAAAAUAUACUAUGAAGGGGAAUAUAAAGAAGCGGAAAUUACCCGGUUGUUGACUAGCACGACUGCAGAAUGUGUAACUGUUUUAUCAGGUACAUGGCAAGGUAUUAACUUUAUUGACGAACUUAGUUCUUGUUCUAGCGAACUACCUAAAACAUUUCAAAGUAUUUCUCAUUUACGAGCAAUUUAUAUCGCUUAUUUCAAGAUGGACCACGAUGUGCUGAAGGAGUUUUUAAAUUAUAUAAUAAACAGAAAAUCAAUGGUGGAGAUUAGAUUGUACAACUUAUCCUGUGUCACCCACCAUGUUUCCUGCGGAGAUAUUAACUUGGACUUUUCCCAGCAUUCCGAUCUAAGGGCGUUAGCAUUGGGCACUAUACCUGUGUCACAAUUAAAAGUGAAUGUGUCGUCUUUAGAGGAAUGUGGUUUAGAACUAUUAUCUCAACCCGGUCUGGUGACGUCAUUCCUGAGAGAGCUGCCAACAGCAAGUAAACUUCACAGAUUUGAAUGUGGUUAUCUAGAUUCUCCCGUUGACAUUGAAACAAUGUUGCAGAUAUUACCAUUGUUAGUUCAAGUGAAGCGCGUUUAUUUCUGGAAUAUCAACCUAGGUGAAAGGUCACUGUUACUGUCACCUGAAAUGGUUAAUAUCGAAGAUGUUUACUUGCGUGAGGUAACACUGUCUGGUUCAUCAUUACGUAAUCUAGUUAAGAUCGUGGAAAAACUUCCACAGUCAGUGGCAGUAGAUAUGCGAGGUUGUAAUAUAACACCGGAAACAGAAUUUGAAGACGUUAAAAGAUAUAUAAAAACAUCAGAGAAUUUCGUAGUCACGUUUGAUCACAUCAAUCAGUUCAACCAGUACGGGUUUGCGUUUCAGACAACUUAAGUUGAAUGUCGAGUACAACAAUUUACUCAAAAUGAAUGGACUCGGACUGAUAGUGUAGUUUAUAAAUGCAUUCAUUAAAACUAAACCUAGCGGGGUUGGCAAAGUACACUGAUUAAAGGUCCAGGCGAUAUUAACAGGCCUGUGUUUUCAGAAUGACAUUUCGAAGAUUAUAAUUAUUACCAAGAUAAUAUGACAAAAUUAUUCUUGCAUCCAAAUCAUCAUUUAUUUAUUGACCAUACGGUUCAUGCUGAAAUACAUCUCAGUUCAAUUUCAUCAUCUGUUUUCAUACAUUCCUUUGGUGGUUUAAUUAACAAAUAUAUAUUCUUGUUUUUAUUGCCAUUCAUUUGAAAGAAUGUGUAUCUCCUCUUAAGAAUACUUUUUAUUUCUUUCAAUUUAAACAAAAUUAAUGUUUUCUACUUCAUAUGACGCUGAGUGUGCUACUGAAAUCUUUUACGCUAACAGCUAUAUUUUGUUUUAGACUUUAGAAUUAGGUUGUUACCAAUCUUGUUUAAGAAUUUAGAAUUAGGUUGUUACCAAUCUACCUUAGUUACGCAACCAAGGUAGACUGGUAACAACCUAAUUCCAAAGUCGUUACCAAGCUACGUUGGUUACGCAACCAAGGUAGAUUGGUAAAGUCUAAAACAAGAUAUAGCUGUUAGCGUAAAUGAUUUCAGUAGCACAGUCAGCGUCAUAUGAAGUAGAGGCAGGGGUCAAAUUUAACAAUAGUUUGUACUAGCUGAAAUUAGCUAGUGCCCAUUUUGAUCACUAGCUAAAAUGAAAAGCUACCGGCUAAAGUUAAUAAUAUUUAAUUACUUUAUUAAUAUUUUACUGGCCAAAACUUACUGAUUGAUCUCUGUUAGUAGCCAGUCACAAACAAAAAUAUUUUCUAUUAGCUUAAAAUAGCUUGUGCCAUUUUUGUUGAACAAUAACAUAUAAACAUAAAUGAUACAUUCCUUUCAUGAAGAAAAAUGUGUACCUUCAAAACAAACUUUAUUAAAGCUCUGAAGACA